AUGGCCACUCACAACACCAUAUCUCCCUGGAUUGCGGGCUUCGUCGAGCAGUGCCUGGCAUUCUACGUUGGCCAGACUCAGAGUAGCGACGUUGAAGUGAAGGAUGAUGGGACCUGUCUGAACUUCCAUACUCAGCACCCGCCAUGCGUAGCCUUGGUCGCAGAGUGGGGUUUAGGUCCCUCAUGCGACGGCGCAGUGUUUAUCGAUACAAAUAACCAGAUUGAAGGGACUAUCCCCAAAGACUCGCUGGAUACGUCCAGCACGAUCAUCUCGAAUCCGACGUCGCCCAGAAAGUACCGUAUUGAGCUCUUGAGCUUUGCAUUGAUCGUUGCAUACAAGGAGCCCUCACCUGACGUCCGCAUAAGGGUGAGCCGCUUUCGUAUCGACUGGGAAGGGAAAGAACAAAAAUUUGUGCCCAAAAAGAAGCUGAGAAAGGUCAAUGUUGUUAAAGAUCUGUUGGACAAGACAGUCCGAAAGGCCAACAGUGCUCCACACGCGAGCGAAUCUGUUACUACGCCAAGCCCGUCAGCUGGGCUUACCAGUCCGAGAGACGGAAUCACUGCACAACCGGAUCCUCUUCAGAGCAGCCCAUUGAACGGGGCUGGGUCACAGCUCUAUUCACAAAUACCGUCCACCCAGCAUGAUUUACCGGAGCAGAGGACGGACACUGGCCGCUCUCUUUUACAAACCGGGGCUGCCCUACUCCGACAUCUCAACCCAUUUCAAUCUAAGUCAAAGAAAGAACCAGAUUCCUACGGCCAGCUUCAGAGCAGUCCAAAGGCGCUUGCUGCGACCAGCGAAGCUCCGCAGAUGACCGUAGAUGAAGCACCAGCCCCGCAUGGCCCGCAUGACUCGCAUGAUUUGACCUCAAACAGGAUUCUUAGCCGUGAAGCGUCUAUUGAAUCUCAGGUAGGGGCCGAUGCUCUCGAAACCACUGUCGGCACACCUUCCGGUAUUCUGGCCUCUCCAACUCUGAAAACUGCUCCCAAGCAGGCGAGGACCGUUAUAUGUCCUGCCUCGCCACCCUCCACAGAGACUAGAGAGCUUUCUUCUAAGACAGUCGAGCAAUCCUUAGAUUUAGAAUUGGCAGCUGCUGCGAGCAGGGGCUCUCCGCGAAAGCGCUCCCGUGAAAGCCAUGGCGAAGCACCAGUGGUAGAUACAAGCGAGCGCAUGGACAUGCACUCGAACAGUGGGGAGCCAUCCAGAAAGAAACAAAAAACGGCUCCUCCAGAAAUUUCGACCGAGCAUUGUGAGACUGUGGUUCCGACGACCGAAACUACCAAAUCGCCAGACAAACGGAAUGGGAAGCCGCAUAAUCCAACGGAUCCUAAAGGUGUCAAACCAAGUCGCGCAAAUCCAUGGCAAUGGACUGGUAAUAUUCCGGCGAGAGAGGUUCGAAUCCCAAAGGACCAGAGCGCGAUCCUUGACGAUACCAAAAUCUGCUGGAUUCCACCAUUGCCAGGCACUCCCGAGCCUAGAGGACAAGUGCCACCUGCGCUGCUACGGCAGUGGAAUAACAUGGCAAAGCGACGGCACCAGCUUGCUGAAGAAAAAAGGGCUACAUCGGAACAGACUGCACUUUCAGAGCAGCUUGUAUCUUCAGAGCGACCUGCUUCUACAGAACAACCUACUACCCCUACCCAACAAUCCGACUCAAGUUCUGAUUCCGACAGCGAGUCUGGGGAAGAAAUCCCGUGGUCUCCUAGUCCUGAGUACGAACAGCCACGUCAACGGCUACCGACUGACAGUAGUCCGUUGAAAGGACGGUCCCCUGCCAAGCGACUGCCAAAUCUAGCUGAGGCGGAGACUGAACCUAGGCAACCAGACACAACUUCGACUGCUAUGGAUGAACAAAGCUCAUUGCAAACCCAAGAUAUCGACAAAAGUGCUUCGGAGACCAACAAAAAAAGCCCCAAACUCGAUAGUUCUAAUGCUCAAAAAGAUAGAGACGGGGAUAUCGAAAUGGAAACUGCCAAAUAUCCCUCUCAAGAUGCUCCAAACCAGCAGGAGCAUGAGACGGCCCCUGAGAACAACUCGCGGGAAGAAUCAGCGGACAGACAAAUCCCAGCUCAAGGUCCAUCGCCAUCCAAGGAGAACGACCCCGAGCCUAUUUCCUGCCCCAUCGACCAUGAUUCGGGCGAUGAGAGUGACGAGUCAAUGAUGGAUACGUCUGUUCCUUUUGCACUCGGCGGAAGUUGGCCAGAAACAUCGCAAAGUACUCAGAGGGAACAAGAGCAAGGGCAGGAGCAGGAGCAGGGACAAGAACAGGGGCAGGGUCUUGCAAGCUCGGAUCGCUCGCUUCCAGCAGAAAAGAACGAUCACGUCCAGGUUACAGAAACUCCAGCGGGUAAUAACAGUCGCUUUCCUUGUGUCCAACAAGCAAAGGAAGAAGAUAAGCCUGAAGUUUCUGCUGAGCUUCUUUCUUCGUCUCAGCUCUACAAAGGAUCAUCGCAAUCCCGAGUCCUCAACACCUAUCCUUUUCACGGAAGCCAUGAACAGCCCCAGUCAUCAAAUGAAGAUCUUCGUUCUUCGGUCCGCUCGAAGGGAUCCGUCCAGGUCAGGGGCACUCAACCCAAGACAAACAACCAUGACAAGCAAUCGCAAGAUCUCAAUCAAAAACAGUCACAAUCAGAAGUGGUACUUGAUUCAUCAGGCCCGGCUCAGCGUCACCAGGAUACCUCUCGACUGAGUUCAAAUGCCACUGCCGACCUGCCCUCUCAUCAGAGUGCGAGCUCUCAUGGCGCAGAAGCAUCCCCAGCCCAUCAGCCCACCCAGGACUCCAUGGCAGGCCUUUCUUCUGUUGGUCAGCCUGAAGACCCACAAGUUUCUCCUCUCAAUCGUUUCAUGCCAGUAUCCAACGAAGGUCAAUCCCCAUCCCAAAGGGCCAAAGAAUCGCGAUGGGAAACUCACAACGCAUCGCAAAAAUUGCCGGCCACCCAGAGUGCAGGUCUCAUUGCUCGUCGACUGGGUUAUCUCGACAAUCCGCAGCAGCUUGCCGAGGCGAAAGGGAUAUUCGAAAAGUUCCGCAGCGAAUAUUCUCAUUACACUGGGAAUUUUGCUCAUUUCACUGAACUAUGUUCGAAGCUACAAGCCGUCAGGGCCGGGGGACACUUGCAACGGUCACCGAUGUGGGAUGACUUUAUCAUCAUGCAUCUCACCCAUUUCCCAAGCCAUGUCGAACACCACUCAUCCCAAGAGACGAAUUCGUCGAGCUACGAAGAAUAUUUCAUCUUCAACCAUUCUUAUCCGGUGCACAAGAAGCGUUGUCUGACGCUUCCAUCGUUAGCUGCGGCUGCAUCGCAGUUCAUCUCUGCAGAAAAGAACUCCCUCCUCAUCACAAGCGACCAUGACCUUCCAACCUCCUCGGCACCUCAAGGUGAGAGUAGGGAGAUUUCUUUCACAACGGACUUGGUCAACCAAUUCACCAACUUCCAUGCCCACUCAUUCAGCGCACCCCCGUCAAGCAGUCUUCCUGCGAUUCAUAACGAACAAGAACAAGGACAUGAGCUCGAACCCGAGCAUGAACCUGAGCCUGAAUCCAUUGAGCGAUCCUCUUCUAAAAUCCUAUCGAUGGACAUCAGGGAGUCUUCCGCAGCGCCCUCCGAGAUUCCAGACACACAGAAUCUGCCCCUAAGCAGCUAUGAAGACGAGGUGAUGAAAUAUACCUCCAUGGAAAAUGUCGAGGGAGUCUCAGACUUUUCCGACGCAGACGACACACGCCACGAAACAGCCAGUAUUGAAUUAGGCGACGAGACAUUCGUUUCUCAGAAAGAUCUAUCCACGAACGACAAUGCCAGUCCCGAUGGGGACUCUGAGCCAGAAAGCGAAGAGAACUGGUUCUUGGCGUUGCGGCGCUCACUCAUUCCGACACCAGCUUGGUCCGAUGACCCCAACACGCCGUUCAAACGAUGGGCCGAGGCUGAUCAGAAUAUUAUGAGCGAGCGGCGACGGCGUGGGGGAGCUAAAAUCCUUCUCGAUGCGAAAGGCGUCAUUCGACGACCUACCAACCGUUGA